CGGCCGGCGGGGCCCGGCCGGGCCGGCGUGGGCAUGCAGAGCAGCUCUGGAGCAGCCCGCCAGCCCGCCGGGCCGGCUAAAAGGGUAGAAAUAAUCAGUAUUGUGUGCGCGCCUUGUGGGGCAAGUGCGAGCCGUCCGUCCCGGGCCGAGCCGAGCCGAGCCGCUGGAGAAAGAGAAGGGCGGCCUUCUUGUUGACCCCGCGACCCCGUGCGGCCGCCGGACAGACAUACUGCUGAAUGGGAUGUGUUUGGAGCGACUAUUCCCACCAUUUUGGCGGCUGUUCAAUAAUGAGUGACGAGUGAUCGAGCGCCGUGUGUUUGAGAGGGACAGUGAGCGCCGUGUGUUUGAGAGGGAGAAAGAGCGAGUGAGGGAGACGGAGAUAUAGGACCGGUGGUGAAAAACUAGCACCGCAAGCUGCUGCCCUCCACCACGAGCACUAUGCUGCUGCCGCUGCUGCUGCUCGUCGUCGUGGCGCCAGCCAGGCCAUCCUCGAUCCCCGCCGAGAAGUGCCCCCAGGUGCAGGUGGCCAACGGUAACGUGCGGCCCUUCGGUGGCGCGCCCCGGCGGGAGGAGACCUGCUACCGCCUGUUCGCCGAGAGGACGCAGGUGUGCGUCGACGAGCAGCGCUACAGCGACGCGCAGUCCGCCUGCGUGAAGCCGCCGCGAUGCCCAAACGUCGGCAAGAAAAAGCUCGGCAGGAGGAACAACAACAAGAAGGGCGCGAGCGUGGCGCGCUUCUGGUGCGGGCCGGGCUACCGGCUGCACGGGCACCAGGUGAACGUGUGCAACGGCCGGCGCUGGAACGGCACCACCCCGACGUGCAGAAGUGCGUGGGAGGGCCCGGGCGACCCUCCGCGGAGCUGUAACUUAACGCAAGUUCCGGCGGCUCCGAGCGACACGAUCUGCGGCUGGACGCCCCACGGCUUCAAUGGCCUGCCGACCGCCGAGCCCACCACCGACAGCGACACGGACCCCGCCGUCACCACGCCCUACACCGAGCUCCCCGACGCGGCCACCACCGCGGAGCAUCCUGCAGAGCAAGACGCAGACGCCGCCACCGCAGCUCCACCGCCCGGGGUGACGCAGGGGGGCACCCGCGCCGCCACGGACAGCAGGGCGUCGACCACCGCUCGGGGCGUCAACACCACGCUCAGUGCGGGCGCUGCAGUGGCGGGGGAGGCCGCGCUCACCACCGCGCUCCCCAGCGCUGCUGCAGGCGCCGCGCACACCGCCACCGCGGCCACCGCCGCCGCAACCAGCAGCAGUGCCACCGCGACUACCCGCACCGCAGCGGCCACCGCCGGUUCAACAAGAGCCGUGGUUACCGUGACGUCUCCCCGCACCACCACCGCGCCACCCCAGCGCCCCGUCACCAUCACCACCAACACCACCACCACCACGGCGGUGACGCAGAGAACGACCCUGGCGCCCGCGGCAACCCCGUCACAAGCACCGUCGCAGACUCCGUCACGAGCACCAACGACGACGACGACGACGACGACGACCUCCACAACAAGGCCGACGCUGGCGACGACUGGAGUCACAGCAGCUUCGUCGACGAUCCGAUCUGGUGGCCCGUCCUCCAGGCCUCCCGUGGGCCCCGGGGACGUCACUCGCGUGCCGCCGGCCACGUCAUCGGCCUCGACCCUCAGGUCAACAGCCCGUCCUACACCAGGGUGGGUGGUGGUCACCACCAGGAGACCGUCCUGGAUUCGGCCGACGACAACGCGGAGGCCGGGACUCACCACUCCAGCCGCCAACGGGACCAGCACAGAGAUCGCCUCCUGGACCGUCUUGCCGAGGAAGCCCGCGACGCCGCUGACCACGGCUAGGGUCACCAGAGUGACAACCAAAGCCCCGUCGACCGCCAAAGAUGCGACAUCGGCGGCGGUUGCGACAGCGAGAACGACGAGAGCGACAACAAGAACGAGAACAACAACAACUACAACUACGACGACGACGCAUCCAAUCACCCAAACGACCUGGCCACCACCAAGGGCGUCCAGCUCCCGGAAAAGUGUCACCACGGAGACGACAACGACGAAGCGUCCUGCCGUGGUCGUGGAAGAGGAUCCUAUUCGAAAACACCCUGACGUCAGUGGCGCGACGCAGCCUCCGCCGACCAGGUCGACGCCUCUCCGCGCGAGUAGCUCACACGGCCGCAGCCUGUCGCUAGCCGGCGUGCUCGGGGUGUGCAUCGGCGGGGUACUACUGCUCGCGCUCCUGUCCGCGGCCGUGCUGGCCGUCAUGCGGGGCCGCAGGAACAAGCCGACGCUUGGCGGCGUGGACUCGGCCCACGACGCACUGACGGCCGCCGACGACCUGGGCCUGCACUUCAUCGACCUCAACCCGUGCACCACCACCACCACGACGAGCAGGCGAGGCGGGCCGGGCGGCGGCGGCGGGCAGGUCCACGACUGGGACGGUUGCCGGGCGCCGCAGACCACGGUGCCCUUCACCAUGGCGGGCAGCGCCUCGGCCGCCGUGUUCCGGGCGGCCGACAACUCGGUCAACCUCGGCAGGAACGGACACACCGGCGGAGAAGGUACCUGGGGCCGGAGGGCUCUCGGCAAGAAGGACAGGCGGAGGAACGAUCCGGACAUGGCGUCCCUGCUCUGCGAUGAGACCCUUAACUUCACGGAGCGUCACCCUGACGACGGGCUGUAGGCUUCAGCUGUCACAUUCGCUCAAAGUCGACUCCUUGAACAGGAUGUCUCGUCUCAUGACCAUUUUCUUGCAUCAAGAAAAGUUACUCUUUGUAAGUGUUCGAUAAUAAACUUAUUCUUAGGUUAGCGAAAA